AUGCUCGUUAAAAGUCGUAUUGUUUAUGAAUGUGCUUUGUGUCUGUGGACUUUAGCAACAUUCAUCGUUACAGCGCCGGGCAUCAACGAGAAGUUUUUGGAAACGACAAUGGUCAAGAGCUUGUUUACAUGCCAGAGGAUCAUGGAUGAAAAAACUUGUCGGGAAGUGUUAACCUACGAGAUUUUUUAUCGACUGUUUCUGGUUAUUACAGUGUAUCAUUUCAUUCUUGCCUUCAUUCUUCUACCAAACUUCCCUGCUAUUCGUGAACGUCUGCAUAAUGAGUGCUGGGUUUUCAAGCUUCUGUCUCUCGCUGCUAUUAGCAUAGGAGCUCUCUAUAUACCUCAACACAGUUACUUUAUCGUUUACUUUUCGUAUGUCGUGCUAAUUGGCAGCAGCCUAUUCAUCAUGUUUCAGUUUUUUCUGUGGGUAGACCUUGCAGAGGCCUUGGGUGCUUGGGUCACAGAACAGCAAGAAAAGGGAUCCAAACGCAAAACAUCUUUUAAAGUUAUGCUUGUACUGUUGAUUUGUAAUUCCUACUUGUUAUUAGCCGUCAGCCUUGGUACUGUUGCGUACAUCCUUGUUGUAGCUUCAAUCCAAAAUUGUAUAUGGAAUGAUAUCUUCAUAGUGCUAAUCCUUGGAGCAAGUUUCAUAUCCUUUGGCAUCUCAUUGCAUCCUCGAAUAAGAACUAACAUUCAAACAGCAGCUGUAAUCCUGCCAUGCGCAGUAGUGAUAUUUCACUCAGUCUUUGUCAUGGUUUUAGCACUUACUAUACAGGGAGGUCGCGGAUGCAAUCUUGAAGGAACUUUUCUCUCAAGGCAAAAAAUUUCCACUAGAGUACAUUUGAAAAGUAUUACAGCUUUAUCUCUGAUGCACGCAGCAAUAGUCUACGAAUGUUUACGCAGCAGUAGAGACUCUUUCACGCUUGGACUUCUGAAAGAUACAAAAACAGAUGAAGAGCACCUGUCUUACAGUUAUUCAGUAUUUCAUUUUCUUAUGUCCACAGGAUCCAUGUACACGCUGGCAACUCUAACAAACUGGUACGGACCAAUCAUAAACCGCUUUUCUCAGAAUGAUAAAUCUUCGCUCGUGGGACUACAGGCGGACUGGAAACUAGCUCAAAUAGUUACCAUGGUGACAAGCUGUAUGCCCCUGUUAUUGUACAUUUCUUUCAUGAUCUAUGCUAUAUUGACACUUGACCCGCACAUUCAGUCGCAAGUUUUAUCGGGGGGCUCAAUAUAUUUACCAUUAGAACCAAAAGCCGGUUGUGAGGUUGCAAACCGCAAAAACUACGUUGAAAGUAUUCGAAAUGGGGCUUUGGCAAGUUCAGGUGAAAUUUUAAGAGUUGGAAAGUCAAAACAGGAAUAUCCUUCACAAAAACAGGGUACUAACUUGCUUGUGAGGUGCGAAAGAGUUCGAGACACUUCAGUAUUCUUCUACCACUUUCCGCGAGAAAUAUGUCAGUCCUAUUACGGAGGUAGAAAUGGUAGUAAUGCUUGUACUGUGAUUGCUGUGUUGAUAGCGAAGGCGUUUUGCUGUAGUAAUCUUGAUCUCCUAGAAACAGACCUCCUUGACGAAAGUUGGAUAAACUUAUACAGCAGUUGCAUCGCUGAGGGCAAUAGACUUUACGAUAUGGUUAUUAACUUGAAGAAACAAGGCGCUAUUUAUUUGUCGGUGGAGGAUGUAGUCGAAGAAUUUGGGGAAAUGCUUCAAAUAAAAAACCUCGGCUUCUCUCUUCCCGUCAGUUUUGUUUCGGAAACGGAGACAGCAACGGUUUCGUAUCAGCUUGAAAGACUGCGGAAAUUUAACGAAAAAUCAGCAGUAAUCUUCAUCAAGGAUUCCAGAUCUGGGGUUUUUCUCUUCUUCAAAGACGGUCCCCUCCUAUUUGCUGAUAGCCAUCCUUACGGAUCCGGAGGGGCGCUGCUUGUUUGUUCGACCAACGUUAAUGAGUUGGUGAUGUAUCUGGCUGAAAUCCUUCGCGUGACUUCAUUAAAAGGCCUCGGUGCUCUCUUGCCAAUUUACUUUUAA